AUGUCUGAUCCUCUUCACGAAGUUCUCGAAGUGCUGCUUGCGCUAUACGCUUCGAAAGGUCGUUUUCCUCGUCCAAAUGCCGUUACACAACAGCAGAGAAAUGCGGUCCGUCAGGCAGGACCAAUUAUUGUGCGGCGCUUGGUAGAGAUUCUCGGCGACGCGCCAUCUCGCGCACAAUCAAACGCUCUUUUAGAGACUAUAAGAUCAUCAAACGAAGGCAUUAACAAGUACACUGAUGAGAACCUCCUGGCUUUAGCACGCUCGGAGAUUCCUGUGGAAGAGCUGAAGAAAACAGCCGAUGAUAUCCAAGCCAGUGAUAAACGGCUACCUUGCUACGAAGGCGAGUGGCCUACCCUUCCUUUACCCAGAGACAAACUGACCAAUCAACUUCUAGAUGCGUUAGCAGAGGCACUUGUGAAAUGGUUCAAGCCCAACUACUUUACAUGGAGAGAUCCGAUUCGUUGCACGGCAUGCCAAGGAGAAACACAGUCGAUAGGAAUGGGGCAACCAACUCCAGAUGAUCUUCAAGGUGGAGCAGGUCGAGUCGAACUCCAUCAAUGCAAGACAUGCCGUACGGUUGUUAGAUUUCCUCGGUACAACGAUUUAAAAUACCUCAUGCGUUCUAGGACAGGUCGUUGCGGGGAAUUUGCGAAUCUAUUUGCCCUCUUCAUCAAUGCGGUUGGUCUACGAGGGAGAUAUGUCUGGAACGCAGAGGAUCACGUAUGGAACGAGUACUACUCCCCAGGCAUGGACCGCUGGGUGCACCUCGACUCGUGUGAAAAUGCGCGCGACCAGCAUCUUUUGUACGACGUAGGAUGGGGCAAGAAGCAAUCGUACAUUCUUGCAUUCGGCCCGGACGGCGCGCAAGACGUUUCGCGGGCAUACAUUAAGGAUUUUGCCGCAGCUCUCCCGAGACGGAAUCGAAUUAGUGAAGGGGAACUCGAGAAGGCGUUGGCAGACGUCACCCGCGCGCGUAGAGCUGGGCUCAGCGCAGAACGAUUGGCGGCGCUCGCUCGCGAGGAUGAAGGAGAACGUCGUUUUAUCUAUGGGGAACAAUUGGAGGAUACGGAAGACUUGCCUGCAAGGCAGAGCGGGACAGCUGAAUGGAAAGCAGCCAGAGGCGAAGACGGGAAACACAGCUCAUGA